AUGCACGACAUUGAAUUGAACCCUGGACCAACAAACCAAACUCACGAAAACGGUUGUUUUGAUCCUCCUAAGAAAACCAAAGGAUUGAUAAUUGGCCACCUAAACAUCCGAAGUAUUAAAUGUGCAACUAAAUUGGAUGAAAUAAAAGCACUCUUAAUUCGGAAGCCUACCAUUCACGUCAUUUCAUUCUCUGAAACUUGGCUCAAUGACUCUUGGCCGGACGACAUGCUCUACAUCCCCAAUUAUACGUUUAUUCGACUCGAUAGAUCUUCGAACACUUCCGGUGGAGGAAUUAUCACUUACAUCCAUAACGACGUGCCGUUUACCCAUAGAAGUGACUUAGGCUCCGAGAACAUUGAAACUACGUGUAUUGAGGUCAAACCCCAUUAUGUAUCACCAAUCUUAUUACUCAACGUUUACAGACCACCAUCGGCAGACAGUUCUCAUGACUACUGCUUGACAGAAAUUAUGGAGAGAGUAGCGUCAGAAAAUAAGGAAUGCUGUGUUCUUGGGGACUUUAAUAUGAAUGUUCUAUGUCAAAAAUCGAAAUCUAGCGUCUUCUUGAAACGUAUACAUCAACUCAGGCUCAAACAACUAGUCACAGUGCCAACGAGAACGGAAGCUCGAUACGUGAACGGAUCAUUCAGUGUCACUUCAACGCUCAUUGACCACAUCUACUGUUCAUCUGAAAGAAAUGUUGCGUCAAUACAUGUACCACCACUUUCUCUGAGUGAUUACUAUCCUGUCUUCCUCGUACGCCGUUGUAACGCUUCCAUGAGAUCAAAACAAAAUGAAAAGAGCACUAUUCAAUAUCGAUCCUUAUCCAACUUGAACAAAACAGAUUUUCGUGAAGAUCUACGUCUGCCCCCAUGGUCCUCAAUUGAAGCAUUUGAUGAUCCAUCUGACGCCCUG